UGAAAGGUGCUCGCCCUUUGACCGGAAGCACUUGGGAACGCUGGGAUACCCAUGCGGCCUUUCCUCACGUAGACGUCAUUUUGAAAGGUGUCUGACAAGCAGUAAAUAUGCAGAACGAAGCCGGAGAAUUCGUGGACUUGUACAUCCCACGUAAAUGCUCAGCGAGUAACCGCAUCGUUGCAUCAAAAGACCAUGCAUCUAUUCAGAUCAACAUUGCAGAGGUUGAUGAGUCUACUGGGCGUAUGACUGGUGUGAACAAGACAUAUGCUAUCUGUGGAGCCAUUAGAAGAAUGGGUGAGUCUGAUGUCCUAAUUCGCCUGGCAAAGCGUGAUGGUAUUAUUGCUAAGAAUUUUUGAAAGCUGAUCCUGAGGCAUGUUAAGCUCUCACCAAUAAAACUGACCUGACUGAAA